AUGACGAAGGCUGCUUUCGACGUCAUGUUUCAAUGUACACUGUGUGAAAAGGCCUAUCAGAGGAAGACACAUUUAAUUCGCCAUGAAGCGACCCAUACACAGCAGCUCUCUUCCAGCUGCCCCUUGUGCAGCAAAGCAUUUCUAAAGCCUGAGGUCACACGAAGACAUAUCAAAACUUGUGCAAAAAAGUUCAACCAACCUGCGCCUCCUGCAGCCAAGCCAGGCAGGAAAAGGCGUUCCUGUGAGCUAUGCUUCUUUGCCAAAGCAUCUUGCGACCGAAAUUUACCCUGCUCUCGGUGUCGCUCCCUUGGACGACAAUGCACUUUCGUAACCCAAGAGGUACCUUCCAGGGAUCCCAGUCGCUCCGCAGUAACCUCACUCUCGCCUUCUAUAACCACAUCGCCUGCAGUCACCUCGAGAGACAGUGGAUCGUUUUCCUUUCUUCAACACUUUGCCAAUCCUUGUUUUCAAAGAGACAGGCUGGCGAUUGGGGAGACUGCAAAAUGUUCUGUUCGAAGAAACCUCGAAACACUCAAUUCCCAUAUCGAAGAUGCCCUCGUUCCCACUGAUCCUAUGUCGGCUUUUGGAAGCGAUUUUCAACUUACAAAUUCCCCUUUCCAAAUACCAUCGACUGUGCCCUCUUUCACGGACGAUUAUCUACUUCAAUUCAACCCCGAUACACUCUUCCCUUCGAAGCUUUCCAACCAAUUAUCCGAGAUUAUGACGGAGUUGGUCGACACUUCAAACUCAAUGGGUUUGAGAAGCACAGGAACGCUGAACGCGCUUGAUUUCAUGGAGCUUUCUACUCUCCUGGGGGUUUCUAAUAUCUCCGCUUCUAUCUCUGCUUUUUUCCAUUCUCUUCACUGGCAUUUGCCUGUGGUGCAUUUUCCAACUUUCGAUCCAGGGAACAUCUCCAAUCCUCUUUUACUCGCAAUAUUUUUAUCCGGUGCCACGUAUACUAUUCCAUUGGAUGGAGGGGCCCUACCAUCCGGUCUCUUCGACGUUGCGGAAGAGUAUAUAUUUCGGAAAAUUGCGGAUCUAUCAACACUCGCUACGCCGAAAGACCAGUCGCAUCUAUUAUCAACUGUACAAGUACUACAGAGUGCUCUUAUUAUUGAGAUGCUUCAAUUUGGACAAGACAACAUGCAAACAAGACGUCGCAUUCGCAUCGUCCGACAUCCAAGUCUGGUAUCCACCAUACGAUCCCUAGGGAUUUUUCAGCUCAAACGAAGCACGACUCCCACCGUUUGUGAUGAGAUAACUUGGAGAAAUUUGGUGGCAGAAGAAACGUGUAUACGAAUCGCUUGUUGGGUCUUCCUGGCAGAUGGAUUCCUAAUAGUCUGCUUCAAGAACCACCCAUCAAUAUCGGUAUUUGAAAUGGACUGUCAUUUUCCUUGGAGUGCUGGGUUAUGGGAAGCCGAAAGCGCCUCUUCUUUCAGCAGGAUUGCCAUGUCGCACUCGACGGAGCUCCCACUUCCUCCCCUGAAAGAUGUGGUCACGCAGUUACUUGAAACCCCUCUAAGUAAUGACCGAAUACCGUGGGGUCUUUCGGUGUCAGUAGAGCAUCUCCUGAUUCUGAUUUAUGCCAUCAACUCCAUCGCAUUCCAGGCAAGAGCGGGCUUGUUAAGAUACCUGUCUCUCGAUAGAAUACGCUGUGCGUCUGGUAAUUGGAAGCGCGUCUGGGAUUCUGUCAUUGGUCUCCUGGAUAAAGAUCAAUUUCUUCACCUUGGGUAUCCGAAACAUGCUCAGGAACUUUGGUGGUUGUUGAAUGCCACGCUGGAUGCUACGGGCAGAUCUGAUGUCAGCCUUCGAUAUAUGGAUGACACUGCUACCGACGACUUGGGGAACUUGAAUGAAUUCAUUCAGUGGUGCCACCAAGCUGCUUCAUAA